AUGGGUCAAGAGGACGGGCAUCGUCGGGUCCUUCUUGGAUGUCGGAGCCCGUCAUUCUCCAUCACAGUGUGUCCGGCGCAGGGCAAGUUCAAGAACUGGGCCCGGCGCAUCACGCUCGUCCCCGACAGCACCCUGAUGCUGGGCAACCGGCUGGUCGUGCCCCGGGACCGCUACGCGGACAUUGCCUGGACUUUCCACAUCGCGGACCCUCAACGCCACCUCACCAUCUCGGAGGUGGUGCUGAGGAUCCAGACGGUGUACACCUGGGGCCGGCAGAACUUCGGCAUGUGCUGGGAGGUGGCGGCUUACGUGUGCGGCACCUGCGACAGGCCCGCCUGCCGCAGCAGGAGCGCGCACCUCGGCGCCGCCGCCUACCUCAACUUCGACAACUGCGGCGGUCGGGUGUCCGGCGUCCAGUUCCCGCCUCCGUGGCUGCGCGACUCGGUGACGGCGCUCGCCUGGGCCGUCCAGAACCGCGUCCGCCUCAACCCGCUCGCCACCAGCGUCGAGCUUCGGCUUAAGGCGUUGGGUCUGAAAAUGCUGUACUCGAGCAAUGAUUCCAAGCCACCCACCUGCGAAUCUCACACAGAAAAUGUUUACGAAGAGCUCACAUUCGCCUGCCUGGCUGUUGGGGCCUUCGCCGGCGACCGCUUCAACAACCCCGGCUUCCGGGGCUUCGGAUCUGGCUUGGGAUUCGGAGGUGCGAGGCUACUAGGAUCUGCGGCCAGCAUCGAUCCCGUUUACCCUCCGCAGCCGUACAACUUCGGCUACGACACUGCGGACGAGUACGGCACCAAGCAGUUCCACAAGGAGCAGGGCGACGCCAGCAACACCAAGACCGGCACGUACGGCUACUCGGACGCCAACGGCCUGUUCCGGCGCGUCAACUACGUGGCCGACGCCGGGGGCUUCCGGGCCACCGUGGAGACUAACGAGCCGGGCACCGAAGCCGGCCAGAGCGCCGACGCCGUCUUCAACGCCAACCCCGUGGUCACCGGGCCGACCGCGGCGGCCGCCUACGCCGUCCCGGCCUACGCCAGGUACGGAGGCUUCGGAGGCCACCACUGAGGAGCCGUUGAGAGACGCUCCCCGGAGGAGAGUCCCCUCGACGUCUCGGGCAGGUGCGCCGCAAGAAAUGGUGUUGCCCCUGGGACUCUGCUUGGGACGGGAGAAUGCUCUGCAUAGCGGAAGAGGCCUCGUUGGCCUCGUCCCCGGAAUGAGACGACGCCUUCCAUGAAGUCGGUGCACACACGGAGCCAACUCGCCCCACGGGAGUUCGCUGCUGCGAGAUUUGCACCAGGACCUGUAUGAGAAUGGCUGUCAACUAGAAUGUGAAUAAAAGUUGGAGAUCUCUGGAAA